GUUCGGUUUUGAUCGUGCCGAAUCGCGCGCCGUCGCCGCGUGGCCGCAUUGCUGCCCGCCGCAACGCAUUGCUGCCCGCCGCAACGAAGGCAGCGCAGCAUUGAUGCUCCACUUCCAACCCGAAUUGAUAGACCUGCUGCCCGCCGCCGUCGCAUUCACCAUAGUCGGCCUCACCAUGCUGUGCUGCGGGCGCACAGCCCCGAAGCCGCAGAAGCACUACGACGACAAGGUCGAGGAUUUGAUAGCGAGCGGCUCGAUCAAGGGCUUCGCGUCCGUCGCCAAGGCCACCACCGGCAACCAGUUCGCCUACCACAAGGCCAAGGGCGCCAAACGGACUGGAGGUCGAGUAGAUUUAUCAGCAUUUAACAACGUGGUCCAUAUUGAUGAUGAAGCGAGGCUCGUGCAGGUCGAGGGCCUCGCCACGAUGGAGACGGUAGUAAGAGCGCUGGACUGGCGCGGCUACCGGAUACCCAUCGUGCCGGAGCUCAAGCACAUUACGGUCGGCGGCGCGAUCGCGGGCAUCGGUAUUGAGUCAGGCUCGUUUCGCUACGGCUGGUUCCACCAGGCCAUGGUGGAAUGCGAUUUGUUGACGCCCGGCGGCGAAAUUCUAAGGUGUAGCGCGUCGAACGAGCACGCGGAUGUCUUCCACGCGCUACCUAAUUCAUAUGGGACGUUGGGGUAUGUAUUGCGGGCUACUUUACGCUUGGUGGCAUCAAGGCCUUAUGUCGCAGUCACAACAACCAUCCACAAGUCGUUCAAGGAAGCGAUGACAGCGAUGGAGCAGGCGGAAGCGACGAGCGAGUUCGUCGAGGGCCUCUGGUGGGCGCCGGAUAAAGUGAGCGUGACGCUGACGAACUAUGUGGACGAAGUCCCGAAAGGUAAAAAACUAAAACGCUUCGACGGCCUUUCGAUAUAUUACAAGGCCGUCGGCAAGCCAGGGACGAUGUACAUGACGUCCCCGAAUUACUAUUUCCGCUGGGACGCCGACUGGUUCUGGAACAUUCCCACCGACGCCGGCGGAUGGCUCGUGCGCCUUGUGACGCCUCGUAAAUUACGAACCUCGUCAACAUACAAGUGGCUCCGCUCCUUGAGACUAGUGAAGGCCUGGCACCGUCUGGAAACGUUGUGGAAGCCCCAGGGCCAGCCCUUUGUGCAGGACUGGGCCGUGCCCUGGUCCCGGGCGGACGAGUUCGUCCGAGAGGCGACGAAGACGCGACCCCACCGGAAGGGCGUGCCCUACAUGCUGCUACCGGUCGGUACCUCAUCCAAUAAAGCGACGCACUACCCUUGUGAACGAGAAGGGAGAUACCUGAACCUCGGGACCUACACCGAGAUCGACGUACCUUUUGAUGAGGCUUUAGCCGAGACGCGGCGCAUCGACGACUUGUGCGUCCGGCGGCACGCGGGCAUCAAGAUGCUCUACUCGUCCUCAUUCUUAGAUCUGCAGACGUACACCAGGGUCUACGGGACGCUGGCUCCUGCCACGAAAAAGAAGGUCGACCCGGCCGGGACGCGGCCGUCCGUCUUCGAGAAGACGGCGCACCCGUCCAUCUUGGGCUGCGAGGAGCUCGUGCUGGGGUACUAAGUUAAUUCGUUUCCAACA